UAUGCAAUUAACCGCCCCUCAGCCUGCUUCUCCAGAUUCAUCCGCGGUGGUAAAGCGCGCUUGCUGAAUAGGAAGCGACCCGCGCGACUUCAGAGGAAACGAAGAGGUGCGCGUGCGAGCGGCGCUUCGGAGAAUACAAAGUGAAGGUUUAUGAGUGCCGAAAUGUCUGGCGGUGUGAUCCGCGGCCCUGCUGGAAACAACGACUGCCGCAUCUAUGUGGGAAACCUACCGCCUGAUAUCCGCUCUAAAGAUGUCGAAGAUGUCUUCUACAAGUAUGGAGCCAUUCGAGACAUUGAUCUGAAAAACCGACGAGGCGGACCUCCAUUCGCUUUUGUCGAAUUUGAAGACCCGAGAGAUGCCGAAGAUGCGGUAUAUGCCCGUGAUGGCUAUGACUACGAUGGCUAUCGUCUUCGAGUGGAGUUUCCCAGAAGCGGGAGAGGAGGAUUUGGUGGCGGCGGUGGAGGAGGAGGAGGAGGAGGUGGUGGUGGUGGUGGUGGUGGUGGUGGGGCUCCUAGGGGUAGAUAUGGACCCCCAUCCAGACGUUCAGAGUACAGAGUAAUUGUUUCAGGGCUUCCACAGAGCGGGAGCUGGCAGGAUCUGAAGGAUCACAUGCGUGAAGCAGGUGAUGUAUGUUACGCUGACGUUUUCCGUGAUGGCACUGGUGUGGUGGAGUUUGUUCGCAAAGAAGACAUGACCUACGCCGUUCGCAAACUGGAUAACACAAAAUUCCGGUCCCAUGAGGGAGAAACUGCGUACAUCCGUGUGAAGGUGGAUGGUCCCCGCAGUCCAAGCUAUGGAAGAUCAAGGUCAAGGAGCCGCAGUCGCAGCAGGAGUCGCAGCCGCAGCAACAACCGUAGCCGAAGCUACUCCCCACGCCGCAGUCGAGGAUCCCCGCAGUACUCCCCUCGCCAUAGCCGUUCCCGCUCUCGCUCCUAAACGAGCCCUCUCAGAGCCCUUGAGCCAUUUUUUUUUAAUACAAACCCUUUGUUUUAAUUCCACCCUUCUUGUUUCAUGAGACAGUGAUCAUCUUAUGUCUUUGUGUCCUUUUAUUUUUCUCUCCCUCUAUUGGUUAUUUUUAACAGAUCAAACCCAAAAUCAUUUUUUUUUCAUAGACCAAACAAAGGGUUAUGUAAUGGCUCCCGAUAUUUUUGUAAAUGCCAUGUAUGAAAGUUAUUCAUGGGAUAGCGGGUUCCACAAUUGUUUUAUGCUGUCUUCCUCUAGACAUGAUACAGAACUGAUGCUUUGUAAUAAAGGAUUACUAAAUCUAUACGGUUGCGUAAAAGGGUGAGUUUGAACUCCAGAACAAACCUCUAAAAAAACAAAACAAAAAAAUGAAUCUUUGGCCAUUAUUUGGGUAACUGAACCAAUUUUACAUCACUUUCAAAUCAGGUGGUAUCUUUCGUUGCAUUGUAAAUAUGUACUGGUCAAAUGUCUAGUUUGGUUUUUGUGUCCAAAGACAGAUUGCAGCUUUCAUGUUUUCAUUAAAAUGUUUGAUUCAG